AGGCGGGCUGCGGCCGGCACCGCUCGCAGCGUCGUUGCCAGGAGUCGGUGGAGCCUUCAGCUGCCGUUCGUUAGGGGAGCUGCAAGUUCUGGUGAAGCCCCAGCCUCCGCAAUUGCGAAGGCCCUUCGGAAGCCCUGCAGGUGUGCACGGCAUACACGCUGCAUUUAUUGUAGAAUAAACCGAAGUUGAGCGUGAAUUUGGAACAAGCCUGAGCAGUCUCAGAGACGUGUAUAUGGGAGAGCCUGGUUGCCAGAAAAAAAAAUAAAUGUGGUCUAGGAUUAGCUGCGCUGCAGUCGUUGCAUGUUGCAGAAUUCUCAACAUCUGGAACCGGUCUGUGCCUGUGCUUCAUUGCCUGUUCAAGGAGAGCUGCAAAACAUUGAGUCUGUCAGAAGGAACGGGCUUGGGAAGUGCUAUGAAAAAGCGUUCUUCAGAGCCUCUUUAAAUCUACCACAAAAAAUGUUGCUGAUAGAGAAUACAGCUCCUUCCUUGCUUAAAAGAAACAUUGGAGCCAAAAGUUUAUGAUUUGUUGAAGGACGACUUAAAAAAAAAAAAAAAAGUAGAUGGAUUAAAAUACAUACUACUAACCAAGUAUUACCUUGGUAGCAAGCCAUUUGUUAUUGUAAUAGCAGAAGGUACAAAAGCCCUUUUGCCCUCCUUUCCCUCCCCACUUCUUAAAGGUCUGGCUAUAUGGGUAUAGCGAGUCUCAUGCUGUCAGUUGGGGGUUUUUUAUAUUGACAGUGGCUUUUCAAAGCAUACAUCUCAAAGUUGUCAGAUGUCCAGAAAAUGCGGGCAGUAACUGUUCAGGAUUACAUAACGGGCAUUUAUGGAAUUUGCACACAAAAUAAAAGUUUGUGAUCAUUGCUUGUAAGAUCUUACUGAUUUAAAGUGUAUGUAUCAUAAAUAUGCCCCCUUGUUUUAUUUAUCCAACACAAUACUUUUGAUGAUCUUGGCUAUCUCCAGUUUGCCUUCUAGUAACUUUUUUUCUGUAUUCAGAAAUGGCUACAUACCUGUAACUGCUUUCAUAGUAAUUUGACUUCUAGAGUCAAAAUUUAGGGACUAUUUGUAUUGGGGUUUCUAAUUGUUGCAUGAAGUUUUGUUCAUGCAUCAAUAGCUGUUUUGUUUUUAUGUUUUUAAUCACUUCCACACAGGCAAGCAAUUGUGAGGAAGACAAUUUGAGAACUGGGGACAAAGGUGGCCCUUGGACCUCAGUUUCACAACUGCUUUCUUUGGAUAUUUGCUCAAAUAAGAGGCCUCUGGUUAUUUUUUUUUUUUCUAUGAAAUGCUAAAUACGCAGUUCCAAUAAUUUCCCUGCUGCACCAUGCUAAGCAUUGAGAAUAGGUUUGUAGUGUUAUCGAUGUUAGCAUGUGUGUAUAUAUACAUACAUAUAAAUCAAUUGCUUUUAAUUUUGAUGUUCAAAUCAUCCACUCCUUCAAGUGGUUUUCUAUUCAUCUUGUUGUGAAUGUGAGGUAAAAAUAAAUCCUUUUUAAUUUUUGUUGGACAAAAGUCUGAAUUAGUGAAAAAUUUCCUGCAACGAGUGUAGGGGUUUAAUGUGUCGCUGAUGGAUGCAAAUGACGGGAUUGUGUCCUGCGAUGCUUUGGGAGCGCUUGCCUGACAGACAGGAGUUUUACUCUUGGUUUUGCUGUGGAUGUUUAGUGCUCGGAGUAGAGUGUGGCCUCUCUGCCUGCAGGGGGGCAGUAAUGACACUGGCGUCCAUCAUAGCGUUCUGAUAUCUGCUGAUGAAAGGGUGCAAGAACUGAGUUUUCUGGUAGUUACGUUUCAGCCUGUACUGACUGGCUUCAGUUUCUGAGGAGACGGGGGGUUUCCUGCAGCUUUAUGAGGUAACGUAAAGAAGAUUUAAUUUGUUGUGUAGUCUCCACUACUGUAACAGAGUCUGUAUUUUAGUCUAAAAUAGAUUGAAGCAGACUCAUUUUCAAAGCUGUUUUCUGAUGAAUAAUAGAACAUAUGCCCCUUUUAUUGUAUGCUUUACUACAGAUAAUUCACUAUUUCAAGUUUUGGAUUUCCUGUCUAUAUUUCCUUUGAUGGGGCACUUUUUUUAGCUUAGUUCAAACUUUCCCAAAACUUAACACACCUUGUGAAUUAAAUCUCUGGAGAGUGAUGUGUGAAUGGUUAACAUUUGGAGGCAUGAGGAUUUGAAAUCCUAUUUUGUUAAGAAAGAAGCUAGUUGCUUUCAUAGCUGUUUAUUUUUGAGAGAUGGUCAUUUUCAUAACUUCUGUAUUACUCUGUUACUAGACUACUAGAAAGUUAGCUUAGUUCUCGUUUAGGGUUUUUUUUUUAUAGCUUUUGAAUCAGAAAUCAGCUCUGCUGUAGACUACUCAAAAUGGUACUUAACAGAAGUAUGGGCAAGGAGCUUAUAUGUAAACAUAGGCUUGUGAUAGCAGUUUUUAAUCAUACUGGCAGUUUUAUUUACGUGUUAGAGGCGAACCUAACAGAAUGAUGUGCUGAACUGAGCUGGAAAGGGGUUUGAGAUCACUGUAGAUGUAAAAGAUGCCAUAAAUAAAGUGCGUUUUAUCCUAUUGGAGAAGCUGCAAACAAAAUGAAACUUCACGCUGCAGCAGAAGUAUUAACAGAAUUUUCUGUUGUGCUGUAGCACCUCUUAGGAUCUGCAUAUCAACUCUUCCUUAAACUUCCACCUGAGUCCAUGGCAUUCUGAGAUACCAGCAUUUCAUGUUGUCUAAGUUUAAAUAUAUCUGAGUGAGUUUUAAAGUGAAGAUUGUUGUUUGAUUUAUUCUUCUCUGGUUAGUAAUGCUUCUAGAAUGCAGCUUUGUAAUUCUCUGGAAAGCAAGAGUUCACAAAGGAAGAGUACGAAUAAGAGUGAUUUAGGAGGUGAUCUUUCCUGACAUGACAAAUACUUGAGCAGUAGGUCCAUGCUUGCUUAGUGUUCCAUUCAAGGGAAGUUUUGAAAGAAAACGGAUGAAACUACCACUUUACAUGGUCAAACAGAUACUUGCAAUUUUACCACCAAUCUUAAAGCCUACUACUUUGUUUCAUUCAUUUCUUUGGGCUUAGUUAACAGUCAUGUGCUUGUGAAUUACUGCUACAAGAUCCUAUCCAGGUCACCAAAUUCAGAAAGAGUAGAGUUUUCAGCUGCUAUGAUUUAUGUGAUGAAGGUUAUGCUAAAGAACUUUUAAAUGUUAGUUCCAUUUAGUACAGUCAAAGUUUAGAAAAAUGUAGUUAGUGGACAAAGACUUCUUUUAUACAGCCCUCCCUUGAGUAUCAAGUGGAAACACUCCCCCAAUCUUCCUUUCUGUGGUUUAAAGUUGUUUUAAAUUUAUAAUUAUAUAUAUAUCUAUGUAUGCCUGUGAUUUUAGUGCAUAAAUUACCAGAAGAAGUGUGUCAUUAGGUAUAUUUUCUGUUACCAGGAGAAUGCCUCUGGCAGUGUGUUGUACAGACCACAAAAUAGACUGCACAGAUGAGCUGAAAAUAUACAAGGCUCUAAUUUUAUUAUUGAUUGUGUGUGAUUCUGGAAAAAACUGUAGUGUGAUUGAUUUUUAUAUCUAUAAAAACCAGUAGUAUCUGAUUAUCUCACUUGAGAUAAAUAUAAAACAAUGUAGUCUCCUUCAGCAUCUUUAAAAGCUGGGGAGUUCUCAAGAAAAUGGCUGCUUGAAUUUAGGAAGAAUUGGUGCAAAAACCAACGCUACGCAUUUACGUAGUGCUGCUUAUAUUAUUAUAAGCGUGUUGUAGUUCUGCACCAAAUUAUCUCAAUUGCUGGGAGAGUAGCUUUUUCUUCUUCUGUUUUUUUUUUUUUUUUAAAUGACUGCAAUAAUAGAAUCUGUUUUCUAGCUGUAGAGAAGCUUACCGUGCUUUGGGGGCCAGAUCUUCAGUGGGGCGGCAGUGCUGUCUGUCACGCUAUGUGAGGCCACCCAAGGGCACUACAUGCCAACUUUUAAAAGAGAAUAUAAUACUUCACUGUUAUGAGAGGUAUGAACCAGUAAAAGAUCGCAUGAUGAGUUUUUUCCCUGUUUUCAAGCUGAUUAAGAGAAGACUGUCUUAGAAGUGCCCCUAGACGGUGACAUAUCUGACUGCAGUUUCUCUUUGGCACAGCACUAAUUAUUGUGGCUGCUGUAAUCUGAAGACCAAGGCAAAUAUAAGCUGAAAGGAGUGAGAAUGAUAAAGAUUUUUGCCCUAAAACUUCCAUGAUUGCAGCUGACGGGGCUACAUUCCUAGGCUAAAAUUCUCUUGAAUGAUGGUACAUUUUUGCAACCAUGUCUUGAGUUCUCACAGGUGAUGCAGUAAAUACCGAGUCCUACAAACUGCAAGGGAAGAGUGCACUGAUUCUGCUUUUUGUCCGUGUCCGUAUUCUGAGCAGUAAUGUAUGGAGUAUCCGUUCCUGUGUUAUGGAGCACUUUUUUUUGUUUUAGUCUUGAUUUUCAUUACCAUCCUCAUCACUUUCUCUUUAUUUCCGUUUUCAGACACGUGCUGCAGCAGUAAUGAUUUGUAAUGUGUGUUUUGUCCCAAAGAACCCACGCCGCUGACCUAACUAAAGAAAACGCGAGGGAUCUUUUCUCACCCCUUUGUGUGAGUUAAAAUGAGCGUAAUUUUACCAUUCACCUGUCUCUGGGAAUGGCGAAUCACACACCAGUGGGUGAAUGAAGUUCAACAGGUGCAGCCUUAGAAGCAGAAACUAAUACGACGUUGGCAGACACACAGCUUCGUGUUGUAGUUACACGAUGCUUCCCUGGUGCUACUGUAUGAUGUCAGUAAAAUUAAAUACCAAAUGUGUUUUGUCACCAUCUAUUCUUGUUUUUUUAAGUGAAAUAAGAGCUUUCAUAGAAGGUAAUUUUUAAAGUAAGUUUCUUCUGAAAUCUAAAGAGAAAUGUUAAACGCGUAUCACUCUCAUGUUCGCAGGUUACUCCAAUGAACGCUUUUGUUUGAAGACACAGGGCAGCGAUCCACUACUAGUAAAUUCGUACUGUGGUCUAUGUUUGCUGUAUAAGACCCUGAUGAAUAAAUGUAAUGCAGAUGCAAAGAGAAUUGAUAUGAUCUUUUGAGUGUGACUGGAUCAUCUCCUACAGAAAUAGACAGGAGGCUCAGCGCAGAGCACUGCUAAGACUUAGUGAACUUGGUGUCCAGUUCUGGCCUGUGCUUUAACACUAGGAAGCCUUCAGCCAAUUUCUUGGAUACAUAGUAUGUAUGGCAACCAUAAACGCCUUGAUCUAAGCUAGGACCUGUUCAUAGACAGGUUCCGAGAGGUGGACUUAAAUUUUACAGGACGUUAGCCUAACAUUGCGCUAUCCCACAGUCAGGGGUGGAAGCUAAAGCAAGGCAAAAUGCAUUACUUGUUAAUAAUGAGAGUACCCAACAUUGCUAUGAGUUGUCUUAGUUCUCACUACUGCCCCAAAUGCCUGAGUCUGUACAAUACAAAUACAAUUGUCUCCAUGCUGAACUACUACGAUGAGGUUUUGGACCUAAAGAACACGGAUUACUUCCGUAUGUGCUGAAAUAUCAUAGAAGGUACUGGACAUUACUUCUGGCUACACACUAAUUUUUUUUUUCUUCACCUCUGCUAAUUCUAUAAAGAAUUGUUAUGUGAAUUAAAGUAGUUAACAUUCUCAUUGCUCUGGGAAGCAAAGCUUCCUUAUGACUGGUUAACUGUAGAGAUAAUUUUUCCCUGUAGAGCAUAUGGUGGGUGUGCCCAAAGUUAAUCUGUGUUUUAGAGUACCUUUCUGCUUCAGUUUAAUGCUACUUGCCUCACCCCAAAAGAGGAGAGGUUAGGGAGACAUUUCAACUUGGAGAAAGCUGUUAAAAAACUCGGGGGUUUCUUACUAGCCUUUUCAAACUGUAGUGAUCUUCUGGGACUGUUUCGGAAAUACUUCAACCAUAAAUCACACUGUCUUGAAAGAGCUACUGGCCCGCCAGCGUUGAUGAAUAAUGCGGUAUUGUUAUGGUACCAUACCCCGCUGAACUGUAUUUUGGUUAGUUCUGCUGGAAUUUGAUUAUGGAACUGCUAACUUCAUUCUGUAUACAAAUAACUUAAAACUCUUUCUUGUGCAUGGGAAUAUAAAGAUUACUUUUCUGGACUAAUGCUAGCGGUGACAGUUUGUAUUUUAAUAUUUUGUCUAGGACCAAGUUGUUCUCCAUUUCAGUGAGUAAGAGCCCUUAGGGGCAAGGACAAAGGCCACUUUGUAUAUAUAUGCCAAACUUUCUGCACAUUCUAGACACAAAAUAAGGAGUAAUUUCUAAGGGGAUUUGACUGAGGCUUGACCAAGAUCUGAUUCCUAAGCUCAGGGAUCCAAAACGAUACAGGAAUGACAAAUUAUUGCUGCUGGGGGCUGGUCUCAUAGUUUGUACACAGUCCUCAACUUACAUAAUUUGUCAAUUUAUGUCACUUCAGGUCAGCAAAAGCUCUUCCUCCACUUAGCAAAGAGAAGUUUACUUAGGAAUGUCCUGAUGUUGCAUCUGUGCAGAGCUCACAAGCCCCACAAAUUAAAGGUAGUGACCUGUGUUGGGUUUGUCAGGAAGCCUGCUGCCCUGCCACAUGAGAGGGAAGUUGACAAACGCGUAUCCUAGCUGCUGAGACUUCUGUCUUCCCAAUGGACUGGAUGCAUCUGCCAGGGACUUGAAUAGUGAUUCACUGCACAGCAUGCAGGGAUGCUCAGAAUAACAAGGUUAAUCUUGCCGCUGAAGUACUCCACUGUUAGAUUGAGUCUUGUUUGUUUGUUGUAAUGUUUGAUUUCUGACCUGUGUCUGAUUUGCAUCAGCUCACAAGCUCUGAAUCGUUUUGUAGCUUUGUUCACUGAAUAAAAGAACUGUCCCGCCAAAGCUAUCUUUCUAUAGACGCCUGGGAUCAUAUCACAUCACUUCCGUUAACCACCUUUUAGUCCUUAUUUCCCUCAUCAGAUGUAAGAGCAUAUAAAAUGACUUUUCCCCUCCUUUUAGGGAACAACUGUAGAAACUCAAAUGAAAUCUGGUUUACCCAUUUUAAUCUAUGACACACUGGUAGCUUACAGAGCAUGUUUAGCAACCCUGAUAACCUCAUUUGAAUGCUCUGCGAGAGUGACCGUUUCCUAAAUGAGACGUAAUGUUAGUCAAGUCAGGGAGCUAGCUGUCUUGUUUCUCUGCUGAACAGAGGUUCCAUUUGUGAAGAUUAUGAAUGUUAGUUUUAAGUGACAGUCAGCUGAUAGAUCUCCAGUUCUUCCUUGCAGGCUUUUAAUCAUAUUCCUACCUAUUGAUUUUGUUUUUAGAGUGCCUGAAUUUUCAUAAUUUGAUUUAAAUUGUUCAUGUGUCCCAUUACAGCAUGUAACAUAAGACAUAAAUAGAAAAAAAAAAUCCACUAGUAUGUUGUGAUACAUUGGACAUGCUUCCUGCAUCAGAAGUCAAUGGAUGAUGUUGAGAUCUGUUUGUUCAAUUGGAAAAGCAGAUUACUCUUUACAUCAGUAGAAAUGGACAGCAGCAGUUUCAUUCAGUUUGAUGUGCCCGAGUACAGCAACACUGUUCUGAGCCAGUUAAAUGAACUCCGCUUGCAAGGAAAGUUAUGUGACAUAAUUGUGCACAUUCAGGGUCAGCCAUUUCGAGCCCAUAAAGCUGUUUUAGCUGCCAGUUCUCCGUAUUUCCGUGACCAUUCAGCAUUAAGCACCAUGAGUGGCUUAUCAAUAUCAGUUAUUAAAAAUCCCAAUGUUUUUGAACAGUUGCUUUCUUUUUGUUACACUGGAAGGAUGUCCUUACAGCUGAAGGAUGUUGUUAGCUUUCUAACUGCAGCUAGCUUCCUACAGAUGCAGUGCGUCAUUGAUAAAUGCACACAGAUACUGGAGAGUAUUCAUUCAAAGAUCAGUGUUGGUGAUGUUGACUCCGUCACUGUUGGUGCUGAAGAAAAUUCAGAAAACCGCAAUGGAGUUAAAGACAGCAGCUACUUUGCCAAUCCUAUUGAGAUAUCUCCCCCCUAUUGCUCUCAGGUGCGACAGUCAACAGCAGGCAGCGAUCUUAGGAUGGAAACUACUCCAGGCAAAACUCUACGUAGUCGUCUGCAAGAAGAAGGGCAUUCAGAUCGAGGAAGCAGUGGGAGUAUCUCUGAAUAUGAGAUUCAGAUUGAAGGUGAUCAUGAGCAAGGAGACCUGAUAGUAAGGGAAAGUCAGAUUGCAGAGGUGAAAGUUAAAAUGGAAAAGUCUGACAGGCCAAGCUGCUCUGAUAGCUCUUCCCUUGGUGAUGAUGGAUAUCAUACUGAAAUGGUGGAUGGAGAGCAAGUGGUGGCGGUAAAUGUUGGUUCAUAUGGGUCUGUCUUACAACAUGUUUAUUCGUUUACCCAUGCCUCAUCACAGGCUACAGGUGUGUCUGAAACCUUCGGAAGCUUGAGCAAUACAAGUCCUUCAAGGUCAAUGCUGAGCUGUUUCAGAGGGGGUCGUGCACGCCAAAAACGGGUAUCUGCUGGUCACCUGCAUAGUGAUGUUCAGGGCUUGGUGCAAGGGGCUGACAGUGAAUCCAUGGUGAGUAACCCCGGAUAUGAAAAUAGUCCACGGGAGAGAAAUGCAAGAGGUCAUUGGUAUCCAUACAGUGAGAGGCUAAUUUGUAUUUACUGUGGAAAGUCUUUCAACCAGAAAGGGAGCCUUGAUCGACACAUGCGAUUGCACAUGGGAAUAACUCCCUUCGUGUGCAAGUUUUGUGGGAAGAAAUACACCCGCAAGGACCAACUUGAGUAUCAUAUUCGUGGUCACACAGAUGACAAGCCCUUUCGCUGUGAGAUCUGUGGAAAAUGUUUUCCUUUCCAGGGUACACUAAACCAGCAUUUGCGAAAAAAUCACCCUGGGGUAACAGAAGUAAGAAACAGGGUAGAGUCUCCAGACAGAACAGAAGCAUUUGUGGAACAAAAAGUAGAUAAUGAUGCUUCAGCUUCUGAAGCUAUGGAUUCUAGUAUGGAAAUUCAUGCAAUGUCUAACACAUCUGAUUAAGAUAUUACAUUCUAAGUGCAACACAAACAAGCACAUCACUAAUGUAUUUUUUAAAAUCUUUUAUUCUUUUAGUAAUCUUCAGUACAAGUAUAACAGCCUUUUAAUUUUCCCGAGCUUCUGGAAAUCAGUUUGAAAUGGUUUCUGGAGAAGACUACAUAAGUAUUCUUUGUUGUUGAAGGAGGCUGGGUUGUUUGGUUUUGUUUUGUUUUGUUUUUUUACUUUUGAAGAUGCUCAAAAUAUAAAAGACAGCGUGCUGGGGAAAGCAUAGGAAGAGUCUGCUGAAGUGUCCCUACUGGUUGAUCUGGCAAGAAACAAAUUCCAGUGGAGAAAGGUAUUAGAAUAAGAUUGGCAGCUCUGCUGGAUACACCAAGAAGCUGUAAUCUCCCUUAUUUUAUUUCUUAAAUCCUGUUGCUGGUCAUGAGUUACACAGCAGUGGGGAGAGAGAAUAUUACAGCUUUGAUUCCUUCGGUGUGUCAUGAUGAAAUCUGUUUGCUUUUACUAACUGUUUUUGGUAGUUAGUCUGUUUAUAUAUAUAAAAUUUGCUUUAUAUAUAUAAAAUGCUUUCACUUUUCCUAUUCUGGUUGAGGUGAAUGUAAAAGUAUGUCAAGGUUUAUACCAUGUACUGCUCUUUCAACUGCUAGGUCUCCUCUCUGCUUAGGAUUUAGGACUUCAGACUUUGGGAGGAUGGUUUUGGUUUUAAAAGAAUGUUGUUUGGUUUUCAUUUUAUUAAGCUAUUACUUUGUGUGCAAAAGUGAGCAAAGUGAAUUACCUUGUUUCAAUAGCUUUGCUUUAUAACAUAUGUAAACCAAAUGCCAUAAACCUAUAAAAUUAUGGUUAAAUUGUUGAGGGGUUUUGUUAGUUGUCCAGAACGCAAGCUGGACAACCUGUGGUGCUGACCUUUUUAUAUAUAUAAAGAUAGAUAUAUCUAUAUAUAUAUUAAAAAAAAAAAUUAGCAAACCUAAAAGUAGCAUUGUGGUUUUAAGUGUGUUUUUACUGGCCUCAGAAUCUACCUUCAUUUCGUACUGUAGAACCAUACCAGGUAAUUAAAUUUAACUUCAUCGCUCUUCAUGGUUGGUUAAAACCUGAGAGAGAUGUCGUAGUUUAAACUACAGUAUUUCCAAGCAGUGUUUAAUAGGUCUCUUCGCAGAGAGCUGCUUUCAGGUGCACAUUGACUUCCUACUUAAAGCUCCAAGUGACAUGUCAGCACUUGGAAUUUGUACUUUUUUUUGUAUUAAAGAAACAAAUACUCUAUGGGAAUUUCGAGCAAUAUGUCUGUUAUUUCAUGUGUGAGUAUUACAGAGUUGCUAUGGCUUCCCUAUUUUUAGUGGUUGUUUUCUGCAUAAAGGAACUACCAACAACUUUAAAAAUACUCUAAAUCUUUUUGUUUCACCAAAUUUUUUUUUAAUAUGGUGCUAACUUCAUCAUUUAGGUCAGUACAAUAUAUAAAAUGUGAAACCUAAUGGUAACAGUUAAGCAAAA